AUGGCUUCUCAGUACAGCGACCGCAAGCAUCCACGCACGCUAUGCCUGUUUGACGUCGACGGCACUCUCUCGCUCGCGCGUCAAUCCAUCACACCCGAGUUCCACGCACUCCUCGCCUCGCUGCGCAAUCAGUGCGUCAUUGGUGUCGUUGGCGGUAGCGACCUUAAAAAGGUCCGAGAACAGCUCCAGAUCACCUCGACGGACUUCACCCAGGAAUUCGACUACGUGUUCGCUGAGAAUGGCUUAACCGCCUACAAGGAUGGCCAGCCAUUGGCGUCGCAGAGCUUCAUCGGCUGGCUGGGAGAGGACAAGUACAAGAAGCUGGCCAAGUUCUGCUUGAGGUACAUCUCGGAACUCGACGUGCCCGUCAUGCGCGGCACGUUUAUCGAAUUCAGGAACGGCAUGAUCAACAUCUCGCCCAUCGGAAGGAACGCUUCCAUCGACGAGCGAAUCGAGUUUGAAAAGUACGACAAGAUCCAUAACAUCCGCACCACCUUUGUCUCUGCGCUCAAGCAGCAGUUCCCCGACUACGGUCUCACCUACUCGAUCGGCGGUCAGAUCUCGUUUGAUGUGUUCCCGCAUGGCUGGGACAAGACAUAUGCGCUUCGUAACGUGGCUCUCGUAGAUGCGGCCAAGGUGGAUAGCAGCAAGACGGCCUCGGAUCUGGGCUGGGACGCCAUCCACUUUUUCGGCGACAAGACCUACAAGGGAGGCAACGAUAACGAGAUCUUUGAAGACCCAAGGACGACAGAAUCGAAUCACAUCGGCGUCAUGUGGCCCUUCAGCUCAUCAUCGAGCUCCACAGCCGCGGCAUCGGCGGACAGGUGUCCCGUCGACGAAGAAACACGUCAGGCGUGGCUCAAGGCGAACCCAGGCAAAGCGCAUCCAUUCCAGCCGGACUCCAACACCGCACAGCAGCCGCAAGCCGGACCAUCGCGACCAACUCGAUACGCGACGAACGACGAAUCAAGACUAUCCAGCGACCGUGAGAUUUCGUCAAUACCGCGCAGCUACUCACCUCUCGCCAACCCCACUGCUGCACAAGCGGCGCAACCGCCCUCGACACCUUCGCCCACCGACGGCGAAGACUCGGACGGCAAAUGGGUCUACCCUUCAGCCAAGCAGUUCUACAACGCCAUGAAGCGCAAGAAUCAGAACCCGCAGGUAGCGGAUAUGGACGUGGUGGUGCCGAUCCACAACGCGGUCAACGAGCAGGCGUGGCAGCAGAUCUUGGCGUGGGAGAGGAUGUGGACCGGUCAGGCACGAGGCAAGGAAGCGACGAAGCUGGUGUCGUUCAAGGGUAGGCCGAAGGAUCUGACGUGGAGAGCGUGGUUGAACGGGUUGGCGGGCUAUCAGCAUCCGUUCGACAGACACGAUUGGACGGUGGAGAGGUCGAACGGUGAACAGGUGAGGUACAUCAUCGAUUUCUACACGGGGAGAACGCAGGAACAGAAGGGAGACGCAUCGAGUAUAGGGGAGAGGUUCAGUGCAGCCGCACAGCAGAGGACUGGAUUGAGCUUCUUCCUGGAUGUCCCCUCUUCUCGUCUGCCUUUUCUUCGUUCCUUCCGAUUGAUUGUUGCGGCUCUUCCUACGCUGCGUCACCGAGGAAUCGUCUCACCACCGCGAUCUGCAACCCACUGCGACGUUCAUUUGCCCGACCACCAACGGACGAAGCGACUCGGAUCGUAUCCCGUUAUCGUUUUUCAACAGAUCAUCGGAAUACAACCUUGUUCAUUCUCGCCUGGCAGUUCGAGCCUCUCGCAGACGCAUCGACUUGAAAGCGCUCCUUCAGAUUCGGCUGUACCAAUACUUUUGCACUUCCAAAAAGAAGCUGUGGCAUCGACAUCGCAAGACUGCAUAACCCCCUUUCAGCACGUUCGAGUUCCCUUCUCUCGCAAGACCAAUCAUCACCAAAAAGGCUGCACCACGGCCACUCUCUACUGCUGCCAUCGAUACUGCUCAGCUUUCUGUGUUCUCACAUAUACCCUUUGCUGGAAUGCUCGCCUGCCCUCGAUCCUGACGCUGAACCCGAUUCUGCGCUACCCAAACUCGAUCGAGCAGCUCAAACGCCGCGUCGACUCUGUGUCGAGACUCGAGCUCAAACCUGACUGCUGGUUCCGGCAUUUCUUCGACCGCUGA